GCCGGGGCCAGGCCGACGCCUGCCCGGGCCGGAGAGCGCGGCGCUCGGGCUCCGCCUCCGCGAGACUCUGAGCCCCCGGAGCCGGGGGUUUCGGUCGCGCUUGAAACUUUAGAGCUCGGGAACCGGAAAGCCGAAGUUGCUGAACGCCUGGGCACGCCGCGCUCCUCAAGCGAGCUGCCCGGAAGGGGCGCGGGAGCGCUGCUCCCCGGCCGCUCGCUCCCCACCUCCCGGGACGUCCAGGGUCUUCCUCGCCCCCCACCCCCUCCCCGCCUCGCCCCGAGGGCGUCACGUGGCAGCGUGGGGCCCGCCCCCGGUGACGUCACCGCGCUCGCAGCCGUCGCGCCGAAGAAAGGAUGCUCUAGGAUGCCGUGCAGGUGGGCGGCGGGGAUGCGCCAUGCGGCACUGCAGGUGUAACUAGUAUGGUCAAUGCAGGAGCGAUGAGUGGCUCUGGAAACCUGAUGGAUUUCCUCGAUGAGCCAUUCCCUGAUGUGGGGACAUAUGAAGACUUCCACACCAUCGACUGGCUACGGGAAAAGUCACGGGACACCGACAGACACAGGAAGAUAACCAGCAAAAGCAAGGAGUCCAUAUGGGAGUUCAUCAAGAGUUUGCUGGAUGCGUGGUCAGGAUGGGUGGUGAUGCUGCUCAUCGGCCUGCUGGCGGGCACCUUGGCUGGGGUCAUUGAUCUCGCCGUCGACUGGAUGACCGAUUUGAAGGAGGGGGUCUGCUUGUCUGCCUUCUGGUACAGCCACGAGCAGUGCUGCUGGACUUCCAACGAGACCACUUUUGAGGACAGGGACAAGUGUCCCCUGUGGCAGAAAUGGUCGGAGCUGCUGGUGAAUCAGUCGGAGGGGGCCAGCGCGUACAUCCUGAACUACCUGAUGUACAUCCUGUGGGCCUUGCUGUUUGCGUUCCUGGCCGUCUCCCUGGUGCGCGUGUUCGCGCCCUACGCCUGCGGCUCGGGUAUCCCGGAGAUAAAGACCAUUUUGAGCGGCUUCAUCAUCAGGGGCUACUUGGGGAAGUGGACCCUGCUGAUCAAGACCGUCACCCUGGUGCUGGUGGUGUCCUCGGGCCUGAGCCUCGGGAAGGAAGGGCCACUGGUGCACGUGGCUUGCUGCUGCGGCAACUUCUUCAGCAGCCUUUUCUCCAAGUACAGCAAGAACGAGGGCAAGAGGCGCGAGGUGCUCUCCGCCGCGGCCGCUGCUGGAGUCUCUGUUGCCUUUGGGGCUCCGAUCGGGGGUGUGCUCUUCAGUCUUGAGGAGGUCAGUUACUACUUUCCCUUGAAGACCUUGUGGAGGUCCUUUUUCGCGGCCCUGGUGGCAGCCUUCACGCUUCGAUCCAUCAAUCCCUUUGGGAACAGCCGUCUUGUUCUCUUUUACGUGGAAUAUCACACACCCUGGUACAUGGCCGAGCUCUUCCCCUUCAUCCUGCUUGGGGUCUUUGGAGGCUUGUGGGGAACCCUCUUCAUCCGCUGCAACAUCGCCUGGUGCAGGAGGCGCAAAACCACCAAGCUGGGGAAGUACCCGGUGCUGGAGGUCAUCGUGGUGACCGCCAUCACUGCCAUCAUCGCCUACCCCAAUCCCUACACACGCCGGAGCACGAGCGAGCUCAUUUCCGAGCUGUUCAAUGACUGCGGGGCCCUCGAGUCCUCGCAGCUGUGUGACUACAUCAAUGACCCCAACAUGACACGGCCAGUGGACGACAUCCCCGACCGGCCGGCCGGCGUCGGGGUUUACACAGCCAUGUGGCAGCUGGCCCUGGCGCUGAUCUUCAAAAUCGUCAUCACCAUCUUUACCUUUGGCAUGAAGAUCCCCUCGGGCCUCUUCAUCCCCAGCAUGGCCGUGGGGGCGAUGGCCGGCCGGAUGGUGGGAAUCGGCGUGGAGCAGCUGGCUUACCAUCACCACGACUGGAUCGUCUUCAGGAACUGGUGCAGGCCCGGAGCGGACUGUGUCACCCCUGGACUUUAUGCAAUGGUGGGAGCCGCGGCCUGCCUAGGUGGAGUUACCCGGAUGACUGUGUCAUUGGUGGUCAUCAUGUUUGAGUUGACGGGAGGUCUCGAGUACAUUGUGCCCUUGAUGGCGGCAGCCGUGACCAGCAAGUGGGUGGCUGAUGCCUUCGGGAAAGAAGGCAUCUACGAGGCUCAUAUCCACUUAAACGGGUACCCAUUUCUGGACGUGAAGGACGAGUUCACCCACCGCACGCUGGCCACUGACGUCAUGCGGCCACGGCGGGGAGAGCCCCCGCUGUCCGUGCUCACCCAGGACAGCAUGACCGUGGAGGACGUGGAGACGCUCAUCAAGGAGACCGACUACAACGGCUUCCCGGUGGUGGUCUCCAGGGACUCCGAGCGCCUCAUUGGAUUUGCCCAGAGGAGGGAACUGAUUCUUGCCAUAAAGAAUGCCAGACAGAGGCAGGAGGGCAUCGUGAGCAAUUCGAUCAUGUACUUCACGGAGGAGCCCCCUGAGCUGCCGGCCAACAGCCCGCACCCCCUGAAGCUGCGGCGUGUCCUCAACCUCAGCCCGUUCACGGUCACGGACCACACCCCCAUGGAGACGGUGGUGGACAUCUUCCGGAAGCUGGGGCUCCGGCAGUGCCUGGUGACGCGGAGUGGGAGACUUCUUGGCAUCAUCACGAAAAAGGAUGUUUUGAGACAUAUGGCCCAGAUGGCAAACCAGGACCCUGAAUCCAUCAUGUUUAAUUAGAAACAAGGUGGCAUUUAUUUUGAGAAAAACACAACUGUGUCAUUUUAAAAGAAAUAAACAAGUGAUAUGUUAUUA